CAUCUUGGACCUAUCCAUUUCGGAGGCCCUCGGGGAUAUAUGCAAAGCCUACAAGUACGGCCCUUCCUCUGUUCGUUUCCAUCACUAGUCGGCCACCUGCUGAUAGCAAUCUGCUGGUAGCUUCAUCCAGUACCGAGCGACCGAUCAUGGCAAGGAUCCACCCCUAUGUCGCCGCGGCCUGCGCCGUCGUGCUUGUGCUCGCCGCUCCGACCGUCGCUGUCGACCCUGACAUGCUCCAGGACGUCUGCGUCGCUGAUCGGGCCUCCCCGAUCAAGAUCAAUGGAUUCCCGUGCAAGGCGAACGUGACAGCGGAUGACUUCUUCUUCGCGGGUCUCAGGAACCCCGGAAACACCAACAACCCGGCGGGGUCGGUGGUGACGGCGGCCAACGUGGAGAGUUUCCCGGGCGUGAACACGCUGGGCGUCUCCAUCGCGCGCAUCGACUUCGCCCCGGGUGGCCAGAACCCGCCGCACACGCACCCGCGCGCCACUGAGAUCAUCUUCAUCCUCGAGGGCACACUCGAGGUUGGAUUCAUCACUACUGCCAACAAGCUCUUCAGCAAGACCAUCACGAAGGGGGACGUCUUCGUCUUUCCCAGGGCUCACGUGCACUUCCAGCAGAACCGGGGCUAUGGCCCCGCCACAAUCAUCUCCGCCUUCAAUAGCCAGCUUCAGGGAACUCAGGCCAUCGCCAUGACGCUCUUUGGCGCCACGCCACCGGUGUCUACCGACAUCCUGGCUAAGGCCUUCAAGAUCGGCAACGCGAAGGUGGACGCCAUCAAGGGCCGAUUCACACCCAAGUAGAAGCCUUCCACCGCAUGCCCUAGUGGAUUUCCAAAUAAAUGGCUCAUACUGGUUGACCAAUAUGUAUGAUGACUCAUGAGCGCUAGAGACCGUAUCUCGCGAAACUGAAAGUAUUU